GUCUCUGGAAGCUUUAUAAGAUGAUUAAAUUACUCGACAGCUACAAACGGCUUUUGCAAAUAUAUACAUUGUCCUCAAAUAUUAUAGGCACACCACGUUUGCCUGGCAGAUUUGUUCCUUCACAUCAAAAUCGACAUGAAAUCCGCUUCAAGACUUCAGGUGCUGGUGAACGAGCUCUGCAGGAGAGACAGAGGCAGCACAUGGCACGAGGUUUGCCAAAACAGAAGCCCAUAGCUGGAGUCAAAGAGGUCAUUGUUGUUGCAUCAGGGAAAGGAGGGGUGGGAAAGUCCACAACAGCAGUGAAUCUUGCUCUUGGACUUAUGGCUAAUGAUCAGAGUAAAUCGGUGGGUCUUCUAGAUGCUGAUGUCUAUGGCCCCUCCAUUCCAAAGUUAAUGAACCUAAAAGGAAACCCUGAAUUAACAGACAAGAACUUAAUGAGACCACUUGUGAAUUUUGGAAUUCCUUGUAUGUCAAUGGGCUUUCUGGUUGAAGAGGUCGCACCUAUUGUGUGGAGGGGUCUGAUGGUGAUGUCAGCUAUUGAGAAACUCAUUAGACAGGUAGAUUGGGGGAAUCUGGAUUACCUUGUGAUUGAUAUGCCACCUGGAACUGGAGAUGUCCAACUGUCUAUUACUCAGAAUAUUCCAGUAGCAGGCGCUGUAAUCGUGUCCACACCUCAAGACAUUGCCUUGCUAGAUGCACGAAGAGGUGCCGAGAUGUUCAGAAAGGUUAACGUUCCGGUGCUGGGUCUGGUUCAAAACAUGAGUGUUUUCCAGUGUCCCAAAUGCAGUCAUCAAACACACAUUUUCGGCUCAGAUGGGGCUAAAGAGCUGGCUCAGACCCUUGGUGUUGAGAUGCUUGGGGACAUUCCUCUUCAUCUCAACAUUAGAGAGACGUCAGACAAGGGACAGCCCGUGGUUGUGUCAUCUCCAGAUAGUCCAGAAGCCGAGGCUUACAGAAGAGUUGCAGCAGCAGUAGUACGGCGACUAGCGGAGCAUCCAAGAUAAAUGACAUCCACACUUAAUGUAGUUUUGCUGACCUGAGAAAAACUAUCAGUAUUGAUUCACUGUCUCCUAAUCAACUUGUUUACCCAUUUAAAUUGGUAUCACAUACCUAUUAGAAUACUAUCAUUUAUGUUCUUUAUUUAUGUACUGACAUAUUGCUCAUAUUAUUUACAGAGAUUAAAAUAACAAAUAUUAAUAAAUCAGUUUGAUUUUAAACAGUUUGGCAAAAAGUAAGCUUUCAUUACAUAGCUAAUUAAGGUGUGAAAUAAUGAAAAUAAGAACUCACUGCAAUUAUGAUCAUAUUAAAAGUGCCCUAAUAUAAUGUCUGCAAAGAGCUCAGACCUAUUCCCACCGGAAUAGACUGACAAGAUGUUUACCCAAAAGGAACUGGGUCAAAGGGCAGAUUUAGUGUGGCUUCAAUCAAUGUCAUUGAUUUCACUUCAGCAAAGUAUCAUUCCACACUCUUUCUUGCAACAUAAAGAUGGUCAUUACAGGUCUUAACCACUUGAUGGCAUUGCAAAUGUUUUCAUGCAUCUUAUUGUGCUUUGUUUGAUUUAUAGUGAUAGCUAAAUGAGGUCUUUCACUUAAACUGUGACAAAUCUUCCUCUUUUGACAGUAACAUUAUUGGACUCUUUUGUUACUUAACUUGCAUUUAAUAAAGAUAAAUGGUCCCGGUCCAAUAGGAAAGGUGCAAUGAAGUUUUCAUGGGAUGAGAACAACAGGGUCACUUCCUGCCUAUUUUCACAGCUCCCUUGACUCAGCUGAAAUAGCUGUAUUCAGUCCACCGCUGUGUAACUGUGGCCAGACAGACCAGUCUGUGAUUCAUCACCGUAAUGAAGCUAUUUUGCUUUCUUUUACUCUCAAUUGCUUAACUGUUCCCAGAAGACCGACCCCGGGGUUUCAGCUGUACAAUGACCUCAGAUGAAUUUGGACAGUUUC